AUGUCGGCGCGAUUCCCGGACCGAUCAGACCAAAAGCGCAGCCGGUCGCGAUCGCCACCCUGGCGUCAACCCCGUCGAGACGACAGAGAUUGGCGCGAUCGAAAAGACUCGGAUCGGGAAUGGAACAAUCAAAGAUCGGGCCCUUCACAACAGCCUCGCAAUAUGCGCGAUCAAGUCCGGCUCAACCUGAUCCAGGAAGACCAGCAAGAGCGCGAGUGGGUCGCGCAGGAGGAUGUGUUCGUGUUGAAACAAGCCAAAAAGAAGGCAGAGAUUCGGGUCAAAGAAGGGCGUGCAAAGCCUAUCGACUGGCUUACAGUUACUCUCCGUGUCAUUGAUCCUACGCGCGAUCCCUUGGAUGAUGAGAUUGCAGACUCCGAUCUAGACGUUGUGGACCCAGACGGGGUAUUCGAGGGACUAUCGCAAAGCCAACUACGGGAUUUGGAGAAGGAUAUUGAUACAUUUUUGAAUCUGGAGACGAAUGCGAAGAACCGUGAUUUUUGGCAGACCAUGAAAAUUAUCUGUCGAGAUCGUCAAAAGACUGCUACUCCAGAGGGUCGCGUGUUGAACUCUGUAGCUGCCGAUAUCAACAAAUUGCUCAGUCCGAAGACUUACGAACAACUCCAAAAUCUUGAAGUACAAGUGAAACGAAAGCUGAACUCGAACGAGCCGAUUGACACAGACUACUGGGAAGAGCUGCUGCGCAGCCUGUCGGUUUGGAAGGCCAGGGCUAGUCUGAAGAAAGUCUACCAGGCCAUUAUCGAUGAGCGUGUUCGGGAUUUAAGGAAACAGCAAAGAGUGGAAGCUGAAUCAAUUCGGGAAAAACUAGCACCUCUCGCUCCAAUCGGCAUUGCAGAAGAGAAUCCUGCUGAAUUUGAAGGCCUUGACCCAGAGCCACUGCUUCAGGUUCUCCCGGAGGACAAAGGUCUUGAAAUCAUGGACGAAUCUGCAUUCCUUAACCAAGUGGCACGAGAACGGCAGAAAAUCAUCCGUAUGGGCUUUGUACCACUACGACAGCGAGCUGCUGAAAGAUCCUCCGCGGUUGUGUCGAGGCAGCCAUCCAGCAAUGCCCCCGCGGCCUCUGUAUCCACACGGUUCUCCACUAUCCCGAACGAAGACUUCUCACAAGCGACCAAGGCGCUAUAUGAAAGGGAGCUGGCCAAGGGUGUCAGUGAGAACGAGGAAAUCUUCACCGGUGAAGAGGCUGUGAACACGGGCUCGCAGCCUCAAUGGGCCGGCAAGCAUCGGCCUCGAAAGCCACGGUACUUCAAUCGAGUUCAAAUGGGGUACGAAUGGAAUAAAUACAACCAAACGCACUAUGACCAUGACAACCCGCCACCCAAGGUUGUACAAGGUUACAAAUUUAACAUCUUCUACCCCGACUUGAUCGACAAGACCAAAGCUCCUACGUACCGCAUUGAGCGAGAGAACGGUCGCAAGCGUGGCGAGUCAUCCGCCGAAGCGGGCGAGGAAGACACCUGUCUCAUUCGGUUUGUGGCUGGACCGCCGUACGAAGACCUUGCUUUCCGAAUUGUCGACAAAGAAUGGGAUUAUAGUGCCAAACGAGAGAGGGGCUUCAAGAGUACAUUUGACAAGGGAAUCCUUCAACUUCAUUUCCAGUUCAAACGAAUCUAUUACCGAAAGUAA